UCCUGCAUAUCGGUGUUACAUACUUCAAACUCUUGCUUCUGCUUGAAAACUACUUGCUCUUGCUGAUCAACUUACCUGCUCUCGCUGCACCAAUUAGGAACAGGAAAUGAUGAGGACCAGUUGUGGACAAACACUGCAUUAGGUAUGCACUGCAAUAAUAGUUUCUUGUUGACAUCAUAUAAAACUAAGACUCAGCUCUGCACUGCUUCAAGCCUUCCAUGUCAACUUAGCAUCCGAUCAACAAUGGCCACGGACGGCAUGUAGCUUAAUGUAAUGUGACUGUGUAUUUGACCGUAUGUAGAGUAUGUAUUCCAGUAUGUUCAUCACAUGAUAACAUGCUCGAGGACAAGCGUGUACACUGUAGCCUAGUUUUAUAUGUUAUCAUUACCAAUAGAAACAACCUUUCCUAUCUUUUUGACUACUAUAAUCUAUGAUUGUUAAAGGUUUUAACUUAGGGUUCUAUCAUAAAUAGGCAAUCCCAUCUCCAUAUAGUUUCAGCUCAUCUGAACCUGAGAGGCAACCUUGCACUGUACCAAGUGCAUUCAUCUGCAACCAGACACCUUCCUUCCCUCCUCCUUCCUUUGGUGGCCUAAGCAAUGGGUAGCCACUCGCCUUGCGCUUCCUGCAAGCUUCUACGGAGGCGCUGCACGCCGGACUGCGUCUUCGCCCCCUUCUUCCCCUCCUAUGAACCCCACAAGUUCGCAAUGGUCCACAGGGUCUUUGGUGCAAGCAACGUUAGCAAAAUGCUACAGGAGCUGCCUCUUCAUCAAAGAGCGGAUGCAGUGAGCAGCUUGGUCUACGAAGCAAACGCAAGGAUGAGGGAUCCAGUUUAUGGUUGCGUCGGAGCCAUCUCUUACCUCCAGCAUCAAGUGUCUCAGCUCCAGAUGCAGCUGGCCUUGGCUCAAGCUGAGAUGCUUUGCAUUCAGAUGCAGCAGGCGCAGCUGAUGGACGCUGAUGGCAUGCAGUAUCUCAUGCAGAGUGACCUCAGCGCCGUGGCCCAGUUGACGAACUACCCAUCCUCCUCGAGCAAUGUACCCCAUGAGCCUCUCAAGAGAGAGAAUCCAUGGACAUAGAAGCCUUGUUCCUGUUCCCAAGCGUUUGCUUGAACGGAGCUUCUUUGUGGAUUCAGUGCUUCAUCCAUGUACAUGUCCCUAUCAUUGUUAUGUUUAGGUGAAGACACAAACUGGAAGAUUCCUUUUGUUCUCGCUAAGACAAUUCCUUUUGUCAUCUAGCUGGCUGCUAUAUAUACAUUGUUGUUGCUGUAAGAACAUGAAGUCAUCCAAAAGC